AUGCAACUCAAAGUUGUCGCGCUUUGUGAAAUUCUUCAGGGACCUACUGAAAUAGUUAACAUAUUUGCCAGCACAGACGUCAUUCGAUAUUCUGUUGAUAAACAGAUCAUCGACUUUGGUCAACAAUUAUUUGGCGAAUUGUGUCGGUCGAGCUUUACUUUGCAAAAUCAUAGCACGAUAUAUAUGGAUUACAAAAUAAACAAGAGAAAUUUAAUAUUCAAAACAAGCAAUCUCGACUCUACAAUAGGCGUAUUAACAAUUGAACCGAAUAAAGGAUCUAUAGAUCCUCUAGCGUCAUUAAAAAUUACGAUCGAACUUCAACCCAUACUGCUCGGCGCUUUUGAAAUAGAGUUUGAGUUGCAAGUGGCUCAUGUAGAUCCAUUAACAAUUACCACAAAAGGUGUUACAAGUUACCCACAAAUUUAUCCCUGCAUCUCGCGCGAUAUUUUUAAACCUGUGAAAUUGGGAUACCGUGCGAUUCAACUGCUAACUCCAGACUUUAUCACGAUGAAAAAACAAGAAAUACAAAUACGAUGCGAUGUGGACAAUAACAAUCCAAAGAGUCAAGUGCCUGAAUGGGACGAGCGAAUCUUAUUAAAUGACGGCUGGGACUUAAUUUCAUAUGAGGAAAUAUUUCCUAGUAUCAUCGACAUCGAGAUGUCUAUUGAUAGACUUCUGGCAACUCGAUUUAUUGAAGAAAAUGCUUCUAUUUUGACAAAACAUCCCAUUUCGCAUAAAAACGCUGUUAUUCCUUUUCUUUAUACUCCUAAAUAUAUCAUUGACAUGGGUUACAUUGCGAUCGAUGUCAAAACGUGCUAUUCAACAACGGUUGUCAAUUACGGGCCUUGGAACGCGGAGGUUACAAUAAAAAAAUCAGAAAAGAAGCAACUUGAAAAUUUCGGCAUUUUUAUACAAUUUGAAAAGACAACAUUAACCGUUGGGAAAACUACGUGCCUGACUAUUACGUGGCAACCGACAACGAUCAAGUAUUAUGAAAGAAGCACGAGAGAACAGCACACAAUUUAUUUAGAAGUAUCCCGUGGUUCUAUUAUUCCCAUAAUUAUAAAAAGCAUCAUUACUUAUCCAUUCGUAACUGUUAACACGAAAUUAUUAAAUUUUCAAAAUGUCAUCGUAGGAGAAUGUUUAAUGAUGAACGUUUUAUGUCGCAUGGAGGCAAAUUUAAAAAUCAUUGUUAAAAUGGGUUUGGAAACACAAGUGGUAACAUUGCUUGGUCAUGGAAUCGAAUAUAAAUUGCGAAUAAGUGAUCUCGACAUUAGUUUCCCACCCACAGUGCUUUUUACCGAAGUACUGGAAAAAACGUUUACGAUAGAAAAUAAGUGCAAUUAUCCCGUAGAAUUUUUCUGGCAUCAUCUCGACAGUCUUUUUCUAGAAGAAGAGCGAAUCGCCGAGGCACUGACUCGUUACUACGGAGUUAAAGAAAUCCUAUUACCGCCUCGAAAACUCGGAGAAAGAAUACCGCCGUCUUUAAUGGAAUUCUAUAAUAGUCUCAAGAAAUAUCAGGAAACCGCGUGCAGGAGCGCUAAGGCAUUGCAAGUGCCGCUAUUAUACAUAGAUAGUGUAAUUAUCGAAGGCAUUGCACUUGGCGACAGUUGGGUUUCCAUCAAGUUGCGACAAAUUAUCGACGACGCUUAUCAAGAAUAUUUGUCAGCAUUCACAAGAUAUAAAGAUGAUUUGGAAAUUAAACUACCGGCAGCAAAGAAAACCGAUGUCGAAAUUGCAAAAAAUGAUCAUGAAACAAUAGCAAAAAAGGAAUCGCUUAAAGAAAUAAAAUCACCGAAAACAACUAAAUCUAAUUCAGAAACAAUAGCAGCAUUCGAUGAACACUCAGAGAGUGAUACUCCAAGAAUGAUUCUUUUUGAGGCGGAAUUCGCAAAGCUUCCAAGAGAACAGGAUUUGAAGUUUUUAGACCUUAUAAGUCUUUACGAAUAUAAAAUCCAAACAAUUUUGCUAUUGCAAAAAAUGUUUCUACAUUACGCAACAAUUGAAUUAAAAGUUAAUGAAAAAGAUCAGAAUGACACUUUCCUCGGAAUUGAAAUUGAAUUAUUAACCGAAGUUCUUAGAGAAAGGUGGUUAUCAACACCAAUCUUCAAGAGCGGUUUCGUACUGCAAACUUUAAACAAUCUCUUUUUCAAAAACAAUGUUACCACGCUGCUUACAUUACUCAACAUUAUUGGACACGUAGAAUAUUCAUUGUUUGUAACUUUUCUAAACUCAAUAGAUACUUACAUUCAAAAAAUGGAGGAAUUACGAAAAUUAGAAACAAACAAAUUAGCGGAAGAAGUUGCUAAAAAAAUUCAGGAAAUUGAUGAAAUGUCAUUAUCGGAAUAUGAGUUGCUUCCGGAAGAAGACAAAAAAUUUUACUUGGAAUCAAUUUUACCAAUAAAGAAAGAAGAAGCGUUAAAAAGACGAAUGCAAUUUUCACAACAAAUGAUGGAAUUGAGAAGAAAAAAGCAAGUAUCUAACGCUCAAGCCACUACGAAUAAAAAAAUAAAUGGAAAGGCAAAGAAUGAAAAAAUCAGUAGUCGAGAAGAAAAAUCCCAAACUUCUAAAGCGCCCACCCACAUGAAAGAAAUUCGAGAGCAUAAAGAACUCGAAAUUUCAAAAAGGCAAGAAACAUCAAAGGAAUUGAAAGCUAUUGCUGAUGCUAUGAAUGAUUAUUAUAGCCAUCUUUCGGCUAUAGAAAAUGUUAUAAAGAAUUGGGAUCCUCUUAAAAAAAUUUAUAAGAACGGAUUUCAUACUUGGUACGUAAAUACUACAGAUCCAUGGAAUCGAGUGAUGUAUGAUGUAAUAGUAAAUCAAAUGAGGGAAAAUGAUUUAGCUAAAAAAGCUCUUCGAGCUUUUCAAAUUGUUUCAUUAUCUACACUAUCCAACUCUAUAAUUAUGGAAUCUAAUUCGUCACAUACUAAUAUAAUUAGUAAGCAAGAAAAUUCUGUAAAGAAUACCAAACGCAAAGAGCGUAUUUUUAAUCAAAAUAAAGAACCAUUGACGGCAUCCUUAAACGCAUCUACGGUAGACAGCACGGACAUUAAUGAACUUAAUAUUAAUACAAUCUUUGAGAAGGUAUUAAAACCACGAUGGAUUUUGCAACCUAAUGAAAUUCAGAAAUUCAAGAUUCGAUAUCAACCUGAAGAAAUGUCCCAAGAUUAG